GCACAAAAGUGCCGGGCACUUUUAGGCCAGGCACUUUGUGCCAAUGCCAAUGCCCAUGCCGAAGAUGAAGAGAAUGAGAAUAAUAAAGAAAGUAAAAAUAAAGAAAAUGAAGAUAUAAAA